AUGAAUCACGGAGGGCGUAUUUCACCGGGGCUCAGAGACCCAGAGCGGCGGGGCUCAGAGACCCAGGGGCUCAGAGACCCAGAGCGGCGGGGCUCAGAGACCCAGAGCGUCGGGGCUCAGAGACCCAGAGCGGCGGGGCUCAGAGACCCAGAGCGGCGGGGCUCAGAGACCCAGAGCGGCGGGGCUCAGAGACCCAGAGCGGCGGGGCUCAGAGACCCAGAGCGGCCCAUGCAAGGACCUAGCUAUGUGGGACUCAAAUCUCUCUCUCUCUCUCUCUCUCUCUCUCUCUCUCUCUCUCUCUCUCUCUCUCUCUCUCUCUCUCUCUCUCCCUCUCUCUCUGUCUCUGUCUCUGUCUCUGUCUCUGUCUCUGUCUCUCUCUCUCUCUCUCUCUUUGUCUCUCCCUGUCUAGAUGACUCCAGUGCAGUGAGAGAUGCAACAGUGGUGGACCCAGUAGAACACCCCACGGAAGCUUCUGGAAAACAAGUGCGUCCCCGCUUCACCCAGCCGGCCAAGAUGAGGAAGCGUGUGAUCGCGCGGCCCGUGGGCAGCUCCGUGCGCCUCAAGUGCACGGCGAGCGGGCAGCCCCGCCCGGACAUCGUCUGGCUGAAGGAUAACCGCCCCCUGGAGGCGGAGGAAGGCGCGGCGGCCGAGGCGGCGGCGGAGGAGCGGGCAGCGGAGGAAGCAGGAGGAGAAGGAGAAGGAGAGGGAGGGAGGAAGAAGUGGACCCUGAGCCUGAGGAACCUGAGCCCAGAGCACAGCGGGAAGUACACCUGCCACGUGUCCAACCCCGCCGGCGAGAUCCACGCCACCUACAAGCUGGAGGUCAUCCAACGUACCAACUCCAAGCCCAUCCUGACCGGUACCCACCCGGUCAACACCACUGUGGACUACGGGGGGACCACGUCCUUCCAGUGUAAGGUCCGCAGCGACGUCAAGCCUGUCAUCCAGUGGCUGAAGAGGGUGGAGCCAGGCGACGAGAACAAAUAUAACUCCACUAUCGAGGUGGGAGACCACCGCUUCGUAGUGCUGCCCACGGGGGAGGUGUGGUCCCGGCCCGACGGCUCCUACCUCAACAAGCUGCUGAUCAGCCGCGCCAAGGAGGAGGACGCGGGCAUGUACAUCUGUCUGGGGGCCAACACCAUGGGCUACAGCUUCAGGAGCGCCUACCUCACCGUGCUGCCAGAUUUGAAGCCAAACGUCGCCCCCGUUCCCAUGGCAACCGCCCCCAGCCUCCCCUGGCCCGUUAUAAUAGGCAUCCCAGCAGGCGUGGUCUUCAUACUGGGCACCGCCCUUCUCUGGUUCUGCCAAUCAAAACGCACGUGCUCCACCUCAACUUCCUCGUCUUCCUCCGCCCUGCCGUCCGUCCAGCGGCCCACGAUGCCGGCCAAUCGGGAGCGAGCCGGCCCCGCGGCUCACGGCGCGCCGGCCAAUGGGGACAAAGACUGCCUGUCUUACGAGGACUACGUGGCCCAUCAGCAGCAGCAGCUGCUCCUGGCCCAGGGAGGCCCGGGACUGGCGCCCAAGGUGUACCCCAAGCUGUACACGGACAUACACACGCACACGCACUCGCACGUGGACGGCAAAGUGCACCAGCACCAGCACAUCCACUACCAGUGUUAGCACUGGGGGGCGCCGGCGGGGCCCAGAGACCAUCCACAUCUUCACUCGGUCUGUGUUUGGGGACUCGGCGAGAGACGCGGUCGGCACAGACACAGACGCAGUUAUCCGCUGUAGUCGAUCAUGACUCAGAGGACCGGGACACGGGAAGGAACGCGACGGACUGUGAGGAGAUCUGUGGACAAAACCGGAGAAGGGAACUUGUUUAAAGAAGUGUUUUUGUGUCCGAGGGUUUUUUGGAUCUCUUUUACAACCGUGAGUGUUUGCAUAUUGAGAGCUGGACAUAAAAACAAAAUUGAGGACUGCAGUGGAUCAGAAACAUAAUUAUUUACAGGUGGCAAUGCUUGCGUUGGGCCCUUACAACCCAGCAGUAAAACGCCUGCUAUUUAAGACUUUUCUGAAUACCAAACUCACCCACCCUUCUAGACCAUAUAUAUCAGCACCUGGAACCUUCUGCCAGCAACACAGACGUCCGUGGUGUGAGCUGAAAGCAUGUUUAACGUCAAACUCUUUUCUCUUUUCUCUACCUUUGCUCACCUUCGAUAACACUCUUACCUCCUUAGUAAAUGCAUAAAGUGCAUAUUGUAUUUACCUCGCAGAAAUCCAAACUGAUUUAUUUGUGCAAACUGAUGAAAACGAUGAGUGUGCAGAUCCUUCUUGAACGAACCGUCUCAUCCAAAUUAAAGAACGAUACAGUGUGCGGAAUAUGUGCAGUGGAUGUUCCGCAGUCAUUCGUUGUGGAGGAUUAGAGUCUAUAUUCCAUAGUCCAUGACUUCCACACCUGACGAGGCGUACCCAGAGCAGCGAACCCCUUCAGCCAAGGAGGCGCCCGAACCAGAUCAAGGCAUUGCGUCCGUGUUGGGAGACGCCGCGGUCUGGGCCUGCAGCGACCCUGUAAACCCCCCACCCCACACCCCUCAAACAGCACUCUGGUGGCGUUGUGGGUUUGCAAGACUCACUUCCCGGUGCGAAGGCCCCGUUCCCUAUUCCUCGUUGUCUACUUCUGAAGUUUGUUUGACACCCGCCAGCGUUUGAAUGAAACGGGAGCGGGCUGAGGGUGUGUGCGGGGGGGGGGGGGGGGGGGGGGGGGGGGCUGGGCAGACAGAUCAGGGAUAUCGGAUCUCCGCCCCCUGUCAGAACCGAGCGCUCCUCGAGCCGCUAAGCGAAGAGAUGGAGGAGCCAGUGGAGAAGGAAGCCCGCUUGAAAUUGUUUCCAGAUUUCUGGGAUUGCUGUGGAAUCACUAGAUAUGUAGCAGGCUCUUGUCACCCUCUUAUGAGAUUUAGAGGGGUUGAGAGAAGAGAGUUACAGCCAUUUCAAACUCUUUCUUUUUUCUUUAUUUUAAAAACAGGCAGAAGGGUUCAGCAUUAACCCCCGCAAGAUGUUCAGUAGACAAGGCGGUGAAUCAUACAGAACACACAUUUCCAUCAACGCUACGACAGAGAAACUAUAAAAGAGUGAAAUAUGUGAACGGAGAUUGCAUGUUGCGCUGUCGUUCGUGUACAGACAUUUUAAAAAGUGGCCUCCAUUAUUGUAUUGAUGUUGUAUGUGAAGGACAAAAGUAUUGUAAAAAUGCUAUAAAAACCAACACAAAUUAAAGAUAUGUGUAAAAUAUAUGUAUUUGUUAAAAAUAGGAGAGAACUUAAAAAAGUAAGUAAUAUUCUAUUCAUGUUUAUUAGAACUAAACUACAUAUAUCAUUAUUGGUACUAUAACCCACAAAUGAGAGCCAUAUGGACACAUUUAUUUACAGCAUUUGAUAUCAAAGUCAGUGGAGCUGAUGCUUAGCUGCUGACCCCAUUGAAAAUCCUACGUUGGUUUGUAAUAAAGCAAUAAACGUCUCUACCAGUGAAGCGACCAAAGGAGAACCCCUCAAACAAUUCUUUCACUAUAGCAGUGUGCUUCUCGCAGAUGGUUGUAGCUGGAACUUUAAUAGUUUUAAUGCUAGAUGGUCAUUGUAAAGGUGUUUCUUCAGUCCUGUUAACUAAACAGUGGAACAAAUUCAAAAGUUGAAUGUGAAAACUUAGGUUCUGGGUUUUCAGGGUUUGAUAACUAAAAUUUCUAGCACCAAAGUGUAAAGGUAUUUCUAGACAUCAUUAAUGGGUUCUCUGAUAACUCCAUUUUGCCUGGUAUUGGAUUUGCAGUAUAGCCAACAUGCUCCCUCAUUGGUUGCAUUAGAACAAACCCUCAGCUGACGAACCAAUCCCACAGAACAUUUUGAUCCAAUCAGCCAAUCACAAUGGACUAUUCUUUGGCUCUUGAAUUCUCAGGUGACCAUAGUAGUAUAUGAGCCAGACCCUUAUAUACAUCAGUGGAAUGUUAUAUUUAAUUGGUUGCCCUUGACUGCUUAAAUAAUAGCAUUAUUUCAAAGGUACAAUCUGUGCCUUUAAAAGUUUUAGAAAGUUGGUGAUUGAGAUUGUAUUCACCAUUUGAUAGCUAACAUUUCAUUUAUUGUACAGGGUGGUGUUGAUAACUUAAUUCUGGGCUAUGAAAUAAAUUUUUCAGUUGAGUAAGCAUUUGACAUCCAUCAAUGGAGUAUUAUAUAUUACUCCCAUUACGAAAGGAAAAGCAGUUCAAUAAUAGUUUAAGUAAUUAUUACUCCAUGUCUCAUUUUUAAUAAAAGAUCAAAUUAGAUUAUAUUUUUUAUAGUUUGUUUAACGUGGUGAUGAGCCCCUGGUGUUACGUGUUGAAGCUAUAUCACUGCCAAAUAGCCAGAUAAAUGUAUGUUCAUGCACUUAUUACUGUUGACUCUAUGAAAUUACAUUAUCUUUAGUAUUGAAACAAACGUUGCCAUGUCUAUUGUUUUAUUUUGUACGUUGUUUGAAACCUCUCCAAUAAUUUCAAUAUUUUUAAUGUGUUCAAAUCAACGUUGUUUCGUCUUAUUAUUUAUCCUCAUCUGAUACAACUCUUUCAUGUAACAUAAUUGGGCAUUUUAUGUGUGAUCGACGAGAACACUAAUGCUGUUUUUUCACCAAUAGUAAAGUGUAGUCGCAUGGUCAAUGUAGUCUUAUUGUAAGCUAUUUGGUAAAUCCCACAUGUAUCCAUGUAUGAUAUUUAUAUGUGCUGCAGGAAUAUACAACACUCUAUCGAUAAUCUUUGUAUCGACAAUCUUGUACAGUAUCUCAUUGUUAAGGAUGAGAAGUUAGCGUGUUAGAGCAACUACCUGUUCUUUCAUCACCAUUAAAAAUGUAACAAAUCAA